UCCGCGGUUUUUGGAGUUCGAAAUGCUUUACCUGAUUGGCUUGGGCCUGGGAGAUGCCAAGGACAUUACAGUGAAAGGUCUGGAAGCUGUGAGACGCUGCAGCCGAGUGUAUCUGGAAGGCUACACUUCAGUACUGACUGUAGGGAAGGAAGCCCUGGAGGAGUUUUAUGGAAGAAAAUUGAUUGUUGCUGAUAGAGAAGAGGUGGAACAAGAAGCUGAUAGAAUUUUAGAAGAUGCUAAUAUCAGUGAUGUUGCAUUUCUUGUAGUUGGUGAUCCAUUUGGGGCUACCACACAUAGUGAUCUUGUUCUAAGGGCAACAAAGCUGGGAAUCCCCUAUCGAAUUAUCCACAAUGCUUCCAUAAUGAAUGCUGUUGGCUGCUGUGGUUUACAGUUGUAUAAUUUUGGGGAGACAGUAUCUAUUGUUUUUUGGACAGAUACUUGGAGACCUGAAAGCUUCUAUGACAAAGUGAAGAAGAACAGAGAAAAUGGCAUGCACACAUUAUGCUUACUAGACAUCAAAGUAAAGGAGCAGUCUUUGGAAAAUCUGAUCAAGGGAAGGAAGAUCUAUGAACCACCUCGGUACAUGAGUGUAAACCAGGCAGCCCAGCAGCUUUUGGAGAUCGUGCAAAAUCAAAGAAUACGAGGACAAGAACCAGCAAUCACUGAAGAGACACUUUGUGUGGGCUUAGCCAGGGUUGGAGCAGAGGACCAGAAAAUUGCAGCAGGCACUUUACAGCAAAUGUGUACUGUGGAUUUGGGAGGACCGCUGCAUUCCUUGAUAAUCACAGGAGGCAACCUGCAUCCGCUGGAGGAGGAGAUGCUAAGUCUGUUUUCCAUUCCAGAAAAUAGUUCCGAAUCCCAAAGCAUCAGUGGAGCCUCAAUGUAGAAAUAUUCUAUUGCCUGAUA